AAUGCACUCUUUGCUAUCACCCCUCCCCUCGGUGGUAAAAAAGAACAACAAGGAAGCGGCAGAGAGCGUUUGUUUUGUGUUUUGUCUCAUAAAGAUCCCGUACACGGCUCUUUCUUUCGGUUUUAGCUUUCAGUCUAUAUGUAAUGGUGUCGGUCCCAGUGUAAGUGACACAGUGGACCGCUGCUGUUUGAACCACUGGCUUCAGAGGAAGAAGAAUGGCAGACGAAGCUCCGUUCCAGUUUUUACAUAACGAACUGAUACAAUACAUUUCCAAGUCAGCUCAAAACGGAGAGACUGAGAAUGGUAGAAAUAUCACCAAACUGGAGACUAUGGGAUUUAGAGUCGGCCAAGGACUAAUAGAGAGACUGACCAAAGACACUACACGGUUCAAAGACGAGCUGGACAUCAUGAAGUUCAUCUGUAAAGACUUUUGGACCUGUUUGUUCAAGAAGCAAAUUGACAACCUUCGAACCAAUCAUCAGGGCAUCUAUGUUCUCCAGGACAACAAGUUCCGAUUACUAAGUCAGCUGUCAGCUGGUAAACAGUACCUGGAACACGCCCCUAAGUAUCUGGCCUUCACCUGUGGUCUGGUGAGAGGAGCUCUGUCCAACUUGGGAGUGAAGAGUAUUGUGACUGCUGAGGUUUCUGUCAUGCCUGCAUGUAAAUUCCAGGUCAUGAUCCAGAAAAUGUAGCGACUAGCAGAGGCCACACACGCUCAAAUCUCUCUUUUGCUUUCAUUUUGCCUUGAGUUUUUAUCAUUAAAGGGAAAUACCACCCAUCUUCAUCAGUAAAAUUACUUCUUUUUUCAUUUUGGAGAUUACAGUGAUGAUUAACAAAGUUUUGUCUACACUUCCAACGUCCAGAGCUCCAUUUUCUGAUAAGAGGAAUGGUUUUUCCUGCUGACAAACUGUCAUUAUUAUUAUUAUUAUUAUUACUACUACAACACUUUCCAAUGCCAUGAUUAUUAUUUUUGAGAAUUAUUAUAUAGUAAUAAUAUUUUUUCAUAUAAAGUAAUGUUUCUCACUAAAUGAAUGUGUGAUUGUGUUUUUUCAUUAUGGAAGUGCUUUGUUUCCCCCUUGUGGUUCACACGUAAACUUCAAAAUGGCAGUCUGAAUUGAUGAUCAGUAUAUAAACUGUUAAGCAAUUAAAAAUAACUUUGAUAUUGAAACAUACCAAGAUAGUUAUCAAUAAUCUUGUUAGGAUUUAUCAUUUUUUUAAUACAUGCAUAUUGCCUACUAGUUAAUCUAUGAUCAUUAGAGUUUAAGUGUAUUUCAGAAACCUGUUACAUGUGUAAGCAAUUCAUAAAAUGACAAAAUAACAAAAUACAGGCCUAAAAUAAACAAAGAAAGAAAGAGAGAAAAAUUUGGAAAUUGGACCCGCCUGAACAGCAUAGAUAACACAACUCCACUUUACAAUUCAGUGAGCAAAUGCGCUUAGAGAAAAAAGAAUAGUAUCCGAAGACAUGCCAAAAUCUAAUUUGAUAAACAGAUGAGUAAAUGAAUGAAUAAAGAGAUUUGUCUUUGAUCGCAGUGCUCUUCAUAGGAUAAAGACACUGUAGCACUGAUAAUGAUCAGAAAUCCAGUUGAAGCAUGAAAAUGCCUAAACAGUCUGUACAAUAUUGUCGAUGAAUUUUGUUUUUAUUAAAGUUGUUUAUUUCAACUUGGACUCCAGGUUGAACCAG